AUGAGGCCCGUGUUCGUGGGGAACCUGGACUACGACACCCGCCACUCGGAGCUCGACCGCCUCUUCUACCGCUACGGCAGGAUCGAGCGCAUCGACAUGAAGUCAGGGUUUGCUUUUGUCUACUUUGAGGAUGAGCGUGAUGGUGAUGAUGCCAUACGGGCUCUGGAUGGUUAUCCCUUUGGCCCUGGGAGACGCAGACUUUCAGUGGAGUGGUCCCGGGGCGACCGUGGAACCAGACGUGAUGACCGUGAUGGCUACAGUAAACCACCGGUGAAUACCAAGCCUACUAAGACACUGUUUGUCAUUAACUUUGACCCGAUCAACACAAGAGUCAGUGAUCUUGAAAGGCAUUUUGGUCAUUUUGGGAGGAUUUCAAAUGUUCGGAUAAGGAAGAACUUUGCUUUCGUGCAAUUUGAAACACAGGAAGAAGCCACAAAAGCCCUAGAUGCUACUCAUUUGACGAAGUUACUGGACAGAGUGAUUUCUGUUGAGUAUGCCUUCAGGGAUGAUAGUGAACCAGGUGACAAGUAUGACAGGCCAAGUAGAGGUGGUGGCUAUGGAAGGCAGGAUGACAGUUCAUAUCGCCGUUCUGUUAGCCCAAUGUACCGAAGGUCACGACCUAGUCCUGACUAUGGCCGUCCAGCAAGUCCUCAGUAUGGUGCAUAUGGCAGGAGCAGGAGUCCUGUUCGUGAUCGAUAUCGAAGGCUGAUCUCCUGUCCAGCGCUCAAGAUCCCCAGCUCCCAACAGAAGAGGUUAUGA